AUGGAAGGCAUAACUGGUAGAGGGAACGUGCUGUUGAGAACUGCAGCUGAUAAAGGAAAUACUUUGUCGCAUUCUGAUUUGAUUCAUGAGAAGCCAAAGAAAUCGCAAUAUUCCUCUGAAAAUGUUUUCUCUAUUGGCUAUGAUAAGAGUCUUUUUAGUUCAUUAAUAUCACCCCCUCAAAUGAGGACUUGCCAUCAUUGUGGUCUGUUUGGAUCUCUCAGAUGUUCACAAUGCAAGCAAGUAUACUAUUGCUCUGCAGAUUGUCAGAAGAAAGAUUGGCCAGUGCAUAGUGUUGUAUGUGAACCAAUUAAACAGAAUGUAAGUAAUGAAAAUGGAGGCAAGUUACCUGCUAAAACUGAGAAGGGAGUUUAUCUUAAGGGUAACUCAACUUCUGUGGAUUCCCUCAAGACAGAAGAGCACAUCAAGAAAAUAAUGCUUUCGGAUCUCCAGACUCUAGGGAUCAAAAAAGCUAUGGAAGUACAGGGUACAGUAACAGAGUUCAAGAGUCCAAGAGAAUUUUAUAUACAGAUGACUUCUCCAGAAGUUUUAGACCAGAUCAGUAAACUUUCUGUGAAACUACAAGACUGUUAUGCUAAGACAGUUAUUCAAGAGCAAUAUAGUGCUAUCAAAGGGGAAGUCUGCGUUGCAAGGUGUUCUUUGGAUCAGACCUGGAAUAGAGUACUGAUAAAAGAUGUGGAUAUAUUGCAAAAGAAAGCACAAGUAUUCUAUAUAGAUUAUGGAAAUGAAGAAAAUAUUCCACUCUCCUGGAUUAAAGCUCUGCACAAAGACAUUGAACUGUUGUUACCUCCAUGUGCCAUUAAGUGUUCCUUUGCUAAUUAUGAUCCAAAAGAAAAAGGAUGGAUUGAAGGCAUUGCCAGCAUUUCUUCCCAGCUCAUGGGAAAGCACUGCUCAGUAACUGUUGUUGACGUAUUACAGGAGGAAAUGAUGUUGAAUUUUGCUGUCGAUGUUGUUCUUCCAGGUGUUGGAGACUGCCUAGAUAAAGUACCUUUAGAAAUGACGUCUGAUUUAACUCCAGGAAGCAAUGCCAAAGGAGCAGACUCUCUAAGAGAAAACCAUUCUAAGGGAAGUAAAGAAAAAAUACCUGAAGAUGAAGAAUUUCUUCACUCUGCUCAUUCAGUUGCAGAGUGUGUCUCCGUAUGUAUUGGAGAUGCAUUUUCUGGUGUGGUUUCCUGCAUUCAAAAUCCAGAAAACUUCUUCUGUCAGCAGAUGCACAGUGCCCGUCAACUUGCUGAGCUUCAGAUGUCUCUUAAUGAACAUUGUGACAAAUUUCCCAGUAGUCCAGAUUUCCGUCCUGCUGCUGGAAAUGUAUGCUGUGCCCAGUUCACAGAAGACAGUCUUUGGUAUCGUGCUGCUGCUAUAGCAUAUGUUUCUGAAGAUACUCUUUUGGUGGGCUAUAUAGAUUAUGGUAAUUUUGAAGUUCUUCCACUGAAUAGACUUCGUCCUAUGAUUCCGAGAUUAAUGGACUUGCCAGCUCAAGCCAUAAGAUGUACCUUGGCAGGUGUAAAGCCACCAUUAGGAGCCUGGACCUCAAAAGCUAUUUCUUUUAUGAAACAGCUGGUGAAAGACAAAGUGUUCACAAUAAAAGUAGUGGAUAAAGAGAGUUAUAGAUCUGUGGUGGAGCUUGUAGAUGCAUCAGUUACUCCAGUAAUAAAUAUAUCAAGCCAUCUCAUAGAGACAGGCUGUGCAGCUGAGGAAUCAAGGAUGGCCUUACCAGCAAUCAGAAUGAGCCAUGUUAAGCAAGCAAAUGAGGACACUGUGAACAAAAGAAUUUGCAAGUGGAGUAAAUUAACUCUUAAACAAACAGCAGAUGUCGUAGUGUGUACACUGUACAAUCCUGGAGAAUUUUACUGUCAGAUUUCAAAUAACAGCGAAUUACUUGCUCUAAAAUUACUUAACAAAUCAUUGUCUGAAUACUGUCAGAAAACUCCACCAAAUGUUUUUAAGCCUGAGAAUGGAGAACCCUGCUGUGCUUUUUUCUCUGAUGAUGGUAACUGGUACCGUGCUUUGGUGCAAAAUGUUACUUCAGAUGGAACCGUUAAAGUAUGCUUUGUGGACUACGGAAAUGUUGAGGAAGUACCACUGGAUAAAAUACGGCACAUCUCAUCCUCAUUCCUAAAGCUUCCGUUUCAAGGAAUUAAAUGCUGGCUUUCAGGUAUAAAGCCUGGUGAUAACAAAUGGAUUCCAGAAGCUACAGCAAGAUUUCAUAUGUACACUGCAGGGAUAAAGCUCCAAGCCAGAGUAACUUCCGUUUCCAGAGAUGGGGCAGGUGUAGAGCUUAUUGACAAUUCCACAGGUCAUCCAAAAGUGAUUAAUGAGAUAUUAAUGUCUGAAAAAUUGGCUGUAAAGGAAGUUCUACAAGAUAAAAAGAACUUUCCAAACAAGUCUGUUGACAAAAAAGAAACCUCACUUGGGCACUGGAAGCCGAUUGAAUUGGCUAUAGAUGAAACCGUAUCUGUCUGUGUAACAGAAGUUGUAAGCCCAGAUUUGUUUUACGCUGUACCAGUUCAAACUAAAGAUCAAGAGAGGCUACAUAGGCAGUUGACUGAACUAGAAGGUUAUUGUAAAUCUUGUAAGAACCAGUCCUUUAAACCAAAACUGGGUGAAGCCUGUUGUGCCAGGUUUUCAGGUGAUGGCCGUUGGCACAGAGCUCUUGUUCUAAAAGCUUCUCAGUCUGUGGUGAAAGUACUAUAUGCAGACUAUGGGAACACAGAAACUUUGCCACUUUCCAAGGUGCUGCCAAUCACUGAUUCCUACCUAAAGCUGCCUUUUCAGACAAUUACGUGUUCACUUGCAGGAAUAGAGAAAACUGAGUGGUCUCCAUUAUUACUUGACAAGUUGAAAGAAAUGUUAUUGAAUAAAUAUGUCACAAUUACAGUGAAAGGGAUUAAUGGAAAUGUUAAUUUAGUAACAGUGGAAAAAUUCUGUGAAAAUGGUAGUCUGAAUGUAGCUGACAAACUGGUACUGGAAGGUUUGGUCAAAUCCUGCAGGGCUGAAAACUUAAAUACUGAAGAUCAAGGCAAUGGAGGUGAGACCAAAUGCUGCUGCACAGAAUUAAAAAUGCAACUUAAAAAGCAUGAACAGAUCCUACUCUUCCUUUUAAACAAGUAUGGAAAUCCAGAUGGAUUCACUGAAAUGAAAAAACUGUUGGAGCAUUAAGUCUGACAUGUGCCAUUUCAUUUGUAUGUAUACCAGGUUGCUGCAUUUUUUUUGAAGAGCAACUGUAUUUGUCAGAUGAAAAAUGAGAGUUGCUUUAUAGAAAUCCUACUGUUUAAGUACCUGUAUUUAUCUGUAUGCUUGGAUUGUUAUUGUGAAAUAAGUA